UGACAAUGUGCCGGAGCAUGGGGAGCGGAAAUGCGAAGAUCUUGCGCUCAUAAAUUCGAGACGCUGCGCCGAUAGAUGCGCAUCGUCUCCUCGGUCAUCGGCAUGUCCUCCGUCAUCUCGCGCCUGCCGGUCGGUCCUCACGCGCGCGGCCCGCCGAAGGGCCAGCCGUCGACGCCCUACGCGCAGCCGGUCGAGGUCGGCGCCUUCAGCCGCGACCGCGCCGGCGGCGUCCAUUACGACCGGCGCGCCCUGCGCACGUACCGCGAGCCGCGCCUGCCGAGCCCGCUGUCCGCGGGCUUCAACGACUUCGUGCCGAAGCGGAACGACCUCGCCGCGUCCGAGGCGGCGCUCGUCGCCGCGGCGGAGAAGUUUCCGGACGCGAAACGCGCGGCGUUCGUGACCUACCGCAACAACCUCAACAAGCUCUGCGCGACGCCCUACAGCGACGACGACUGGGAGAUGGGCGUGUCGCGCCUCGCCGACGGCCGCGCGCUCCUGAGCGUCCGCGAGACGGAGCGGCGAAGGCGCAACGACGCGGCCCAAACGGACGACGAGCGGCUCUGGUCCUUCUUCGGCUACCGCUUCGAGGCCCUGUGCACGGACGACGACGCGACGCGGCCCGUCGACGCGAACGAGGAGUUCGUCGGCGUCUUUGCGUGCAAGCUCGGCGACCACCGAGUGUGCGUCGCGGCCGAGAUCGACUGCGAGGACGACGGCGGCUACGUCGAACUCAAGACGAACAAGCUUCUCACCACCCCCCGCCAGGUGCGCACCUUCGAGCGCUUCAAGCUCUUCAAGUUCUGGCUCCAGUCGUUCCUCGUCGGCACGCCGGCCGUCGUCGUCGGCUUCCGCGACGACGCGGGCGAGUGCUCCAAGCGGCAGCGCUUCGACACGCUGAAGCUGCCGGCGCUGGGCGCGAAGCACUGGCAGCCGAGGGUCGCGCUCCACUUCGCGGACAGCGCGCUCUCGUGGCUCGGCGACGCGACGCGGGCCGCGUGGGCCGACGAGCCGGACGCCGAGCUCGUGGUGCGCUUCGAGCCGUCGGAGCGCAGCGUCGUGUUAUUGCGAGCGGACCGCGCGAAGAAGGCGCGGACGGACUAACUAGGCGCCGGUCUG